AUGACGAUUGGCAAACCCUAUGCGCAUACAGAAGAGAAGAGGAGAAUUAACAAAAAGCGGAUUAUCGCUCCAACCAGACAGGUUGGAGAAGCUGGUAGCCGAGGACAUGGGUGUGCCGGCCGGAUGGGCCAGCGGGCGUCAGACGGUUCAUCCCACUGA